AUGUUAGCGCACCAUCCGGCGCCCCCGGCGCAUCACUUCACUCCCCAUCUAGCAGAGGUAGUCGACGCCGCUACCUCGCAGAACAGACUCUUCCAGCGCCGCACAUCAGUAUACCAGAAAUACCAUCUUCUAGAAAACAUCAGGAAGAAGUCAUGGCUUGGACCGCCGUCGGAGACAAUAUACGGCGGCAUUUCCUUCUCUUUUGAGAAUGACGACAAGCGGAUUGGCAUUGCCCUUGCGAUCCGUGAUACGGUCUACUUCCUUGAUUUCUGCGAACACCACUUCUCCAUUGAGCAGUAUGAGCCCGGCGAGGUCGGGGAGGUGAUUACACAGUUCAUUAUCGACCAGCUGCGCACGUACGAGAAGGAUCAUCUAGAGAAGUUCUUUGGAAUAGCUCUGCCAUCGCUUUUGGUUGAGAAGUGUCCGGCCUUGUGCUCGCGGAUGUGGGCGGAGUUAGACAUCGUUCCGUUCGUACUUGAUCCGCACGGUCCGCAGAGGUUGGAGUGGGUUAAUAUGGAGCUGUGGCGGACGAAGACUCUGGAUGAGCGUGCAGAGUCCAUUGCGAGGAAGUGCAUUACAUACUUUGGACCUAACCAGGCGCCGUUACUGCAGGUUGGGUUCAGGGGACUGGUUGAUGUUGACGCCGGGUCGACGGCGGUGCUUACUUCGCUGUCCGAUUAUGAGAAGACGGUUGACGAACGUACGUGGAGAGCGGUGAUGAAGUAUGCGGCUGAUAUGAAAGAGCGGAAUGUCAAGGUUGCUUUCUUCAGCAGUACACCGCAAGGGGGAGGCGUGGCGUUGAUGAGGCAUGCUCUCGUCAGGUUCUCGCAUGCCCUUGGAACGAACAUCAAGUGGUUCGUGCCACGACCACGACCAGGUGUAUUCCGCAUCACCAAGAACAACCAUAACAUUCUGCAGGGCGUGGCUGCGCCUGACCAACGACUAACGGAUCAGCAUAAACGAGACCUAACGGACUGGAUAUUCGCGAAUGCAAAUCGAUACUGGUUCGGUAAGGGAGGGCCCCUUGAACCGCCUGAGAAGGGAGGUGCGGAUAUAAUCAUCAUCGACGACCCGCAGAUGCCGGGCUUGAUACCCCUGAUUAAAAAGGCGACUCCCAACAGGCCUGUUAUAUACAGAAGUCAUAUACAGAUCCGAAGCGAUCUGAUUGAUCAGCCGGGCUCGCCGCAGGAAGAGUGCUGGCAGUAUUUCUGGGAGAGUAUCCGUCAGGCCGAUUUGUUUAUCAGCCAUCCCGUUGAGGCGUUUGUGCCUAGUACGGUUCCCAAGGAGUCUGUGGGAUAUCUUCCUGCAGCUACUGAUUGGCUUGAUGGUUUGAAUAAGUCCAUGGAUGAUUGGGAUGUGGGAUAUUACGGUCGUGUGUUCAAUGGUAAAUGCAGGGAGAUAGGCAUGACCACCAUUGACUAUCCACAGGAUGAAUAUAUCGUCCAAGUAGCCCGCUUCGAUCCUUCUAAAGGCAUCUUCGAUGUUCUCAAGUCCUACGCCAAAUUCCACGACCUCAUCAAAGACGUGCCCGACGUUUCUACCCCCAAGCUCCUAAUCUGCGGUCACGGCUCAGUUGACGACCCAGACGGCGCCCUCAUCUACGACUCGGUAAUAGAGUAUCUAUCGCGCGACCUCGCCCACCUCAAAUCGAAAAUAUGCGUCAUCCACAUCCCUCCAUCCGACCAAAUUCUUAACGUCGUCCUUUCAAAAGCCAGAAUAGCCCUGCAACUAUCCACCCGCGAAGGCUUCGAGGUCAAGGUUUCCGAGGCCCUGCAUAAAGGUAAACCCGUCAUCGCAACCAAGGCAGGUGGCAUACCGCUACAAGUCCAGCAUGGCAAGAACGGAUACCUGGUUGAAGUCAGCGAUACGGACGCAGUGGCAAAACACCUCUAUGACUUAUGGACGGACCACGAGCUGUAUGACCGUAUGAGUGCGUAUGCUCUGCAUAGUGUUAGUGAUGAGGUUUCAACGGUCGGUAAUAUCCUGUCGUGGCUUUAUCUGGCCAGCUCGAUGUCGAAGGGCGAUAAGUGUAAGCCACAUGGCAGGUGGAUUAAUGAUAUGGCGAGGGAGGCUGCUGGAGAGCCCUAUGUGUGCGGCGAGAACAGAUUGAAGCGUUCGGUGGAUGUCAGGCCAUUUGGUUGCUGA